UUACCCCCGUGCGAAGCCGCGGCCUUGCUUUUUGAUCCGCUCUCAUUUUCUCGAAUUGCGCUGCAUGGAGACAGCUCCAUAAGGUCACGUAGACAUCUUCUUCUGUGCUACUUCCUCGCCAUGGUUGCUGGAAAGCGCCCCGCCUGAAAGUGAAAGAAGCACCCUCCGCCCAACUCCCACCCCAGUGUCCACCACACUUGCCAUGGCCGACACCGACCCCCCGCCAGAGCCCCUGGAGACGCCUCUGAACAGGAAGCUGCUGCAGCAGGAGCCUGCCGUACAAGAGGAAGAAAGAAAUGGCGACACUGCCUCUGAGUCGACCUCUGAGCCCCCAGAUCCGCUCCCUCCGCGGCCACCCCAGGUUACCCCCCAGGAGCUGUCGGAUAUGCCCACUCCCACUCCUACUCCAUCGACGCCCACGCUGGCAGUCCCAAAUGGCUCAGACAAUGCGAGCAGCCCCCGAACCGCAGAGUUCUUUGAGCCGCGAAUCCACUUGGAGAAUCGUCCGCGCACAGAUUCACAGUCCACCUCUGCAACUGCCCCUAUCGCCCCUACCCGGCCCUCCACCCGGAGCUCCCUCGUUUUCGUCGUCACGGCGCUGGAGACCAUUGCGGUGUCCAAAGAUGCAAGGAAAAUCAAGAAGCUCGGAGACUCCACCGCGCACGCGUUGGCAGCUAUCAAGAAGGAAGGAGACCCCUCCCGCAUCAACCCUGAGACCCUCUUUGAGCCCCUCCAACUCGCCUCCGAGGCCCACACCGUGACAGUCUCCAUCACUGCCUUGGACUGCAUCGGCAAGCUCAUCAGCUAUUCCUACUUUUCUGUCCCCUCCGAGCCCCACCCCGACAACACCGACGUCCCCCCCCUGAUCGAGCGCGCUAUAGACACAAUUUGCGACUGUUUUCAGGGAGAGGCAACACAUCCGGACGUCCAGCUGCAGAUUGUAAAGUCGCUACUGGCGGCGAUCCUGAAUGACAAAAUCGUGGUGCAUGGCGCUGGCUUGCUAAAGGCGGUGCGGUUGACGUACAAUAUAUUCUUGCUUUCCAAAUCUAGUGCAAACCAGCAGGUGGCCCAGGGAGCGUUGACGCAGAUGGUGGGGACUGUAUUCGAGAGGGUUAAAACACGACUGGCAGUAAAAGAGUCCAGGAUGAACUUGUCCCGUGUCUCCCUCAAUGAAAAAGAGGAGUCCGCAGAGAGCAUGCGGGAAGAGACCGACGGCAGUACGCGAGGCGUUGAUGGCUCUGAGAUUAACGGGGAUGGAGAAGAGGAGGAGCGGUAUGAUCCAAACUCCGAAGAGCCGAGUGACAAGCCCGUGGAGAAGCACACCGGCCCAAAAAUCACCCUACAGAGCUUCGAACAGAACAUGAGCUUCAACGACGACCGGAUACACGACAAUGCCCCCACUCUGGUGACUCGAAUAAAAGGAAAGCCCGGAUCAAGACAAGUAUCUGGGCAGGAUGCAUCCCCAAAUCUUCAUAGUGGAAGUGAGGGCUCGGAUGAGGACGAAGAAGACGAGAUCUUCGUCAAGGAUGCGUACCUGGUUUUCAGGGCUAUGUGCAGGCUCAGCACAAAAGGCCUCCCCGUGGACCAGGCUACCGAUGUGCGAUCGCAGGGAAUGCGGUCAAAACUGCUCUCGUUGCAUAUAAUCCAUACCAUACUCCACAACAACAUAGCUGUCUUCAUUUCGCCAUAUGCUACCAUCAGAAGCAGUAGCAGCGACGAACCCACUACUUUCGUUCAGGCAAUCAAGCAGUAUCUAUGUCUAAGCUUGAGCCGGAAUGGGGCAAGCUCCGUCAACAAGGUGUUUGAGGUCAGCUGCGAGAUCUUCUGGCAGUUGCUCAAAUAUCUGCGGGUAAUGCUCAAGAAAGAAAUUGAGGUUUUCCUCAAGGAGAUUUACCUCGCUAUCCUGGACAAGCGAGCUGCGGCGGGUUUCCAGAAACAGUACAUCUUAACGGUAUUCGGAAGGUUGGCCGCUGACCCCAGAGCAUUAGUCGAGAUCUACCUAAACUACGACUGUGAUCGGACAGCGUUGGACAACAUGUACCAGCGUAUUGUCGAACAUCUGUCGCGGAUAUCGAGCACCCCUGUCACCGUAUCCCCAAUGCAGCAGCAAGCAUAUCAGGACCACCACGCAAAGCAAUCGAACCAUUCGGACUGGCAGACCCGUGGAACACUACCUCCUUCACUCUCCACCGCAUCGAUGAAUACACCCCACGACACCGAGCAUGCUUAUCCGCCAGAAUACGCAAUGAAGCAAGAAUCACUAGAAGCCCUGGUCGAGAUCUUGCGAUCCCUGGUGAACUGGUCUCAGCAGGCUAUGAGCGAGAGCAUAAGAGUAUCAAGAUUCGAAUCGAGAACCUCUCUUGAUGAUAUGAGAGAGUCUUUUGAUGCUCGAGGUAUGACCGACUCCCCGAGUGUGGGUAUAGAUUCUGGGACAGUGACUCCCCUAGCCGAGGAUGAUUUUAGUCAACUAGAGAAGGCAAAGCAGAGAAAGACUGCCCUUACGAACGCGACACGCCAAUUCAACUUCAAGCCCAAGCGCGGAGUAAAGGUGUUACUCAAAGAUGGCUUCAUCGCUUCGGAAUCCCCAGAGGACAUGGCACGAUUCUUCCUCGAUAAUGAGCAAAUAGACAAGAAAGCGCUUGGAGAAUACCUUGGAGAGGGUGACCCACAAAACAUCGCUAUCAUGCAUGCCUUUGUAGAUCUCAUGGAUUUUAACAAGACCCGCUUUGUAGACGCGUUACGACGCUUUCUCCAAAGCUUUCGCCUUCCUGGCGAAGCCCAGAAGAUCGAUCGCUUUAUGCUGAAGUUCGCCGAGCGGUAUAUCACCGGCAACCCGAACGCGUUCGCAAACGCUGAUACAGCGUAUGUGUUGGCGUAUUCAGUCAUCAUGCUAAACACGGAUCAGCAUAGCAAGAAGCUGAAGGGCGCACGCAUGACACCGGAGGACUUUAUUAAGAACAACCGUGGUAUCAAUGAUAGCGCCGAUCUGCCAGACGAGUAUUUGCGCGCCAUUUUUGACGAGAUUUCCCACAAUGAAAUCGUCUUAAACACGGAACAGGAGGCUGCGGCCAACCUAGGCAUUACUCCUCAACCUGCGGGAGGUCUGGCGGCCAACCUUGGACAAGCAUUUGCUGGCCGAGACUUGCAGCGAGAAGCGUACAUGCAAGCUUCUGAGGAGAUGGCCAAUAAGACUGAACAGCUUUACAAGUCCCUUCUGCGAGCACAAAGGCGGACGGCAUCCAGGCUGCCAGUUUCGAAGUUUAUCCCAGCUUCCUCCUCAAAACACGUCGGCCCCAUGUUUGAAGUCACGUGGAUGCCAUUCCUCACCGCACUUUCGGGCCAAGCCCAGGACAACAACAUCGAGAUUGUGAAGUUGUGCAUUGAAGGCAUCAAGCUGGCUAUACGAAUAUCCUGCUUGUUUGAUCUCGAGAACCCGCGGCAGGCAUUUGUCUCGUUCCUAGCGCGAUUCACCAACCUCUACAAUCUGAGCGAGAUGAAAGCUAAGAAUGUUGAAGCGUUGAAAGUUUUGAUAGAGGUUGCCCAUACCGAGGGCAAUCUACUCAAGGAAUCUUGGCGAGAUGUUCUGACCUGCAUCUCGCAGCUUGAUCGCUUUCAAUUAAUUUCUACUGGUGUUGACGAACGGGCCGUCCCUGACGUGUUAAAAGCUCAAAUGCAGCCAAAAGCAUCCCCAACUCCUCGAAAAUCCUUGAACGUCCCUCGUGGAGCGCGACGGCCACCGUCUCAUGCCGGUAACGUAAAUUAUCAAGCGGAUGUUGCCGAAGAGAGUCGAUCGACAGACAUGAUUCGUGGUGUCGACAGGAUCUUCACAAAUACUGCGAAUCUAUCUGGGGAAGCUAUUGUUGACUUUGUUAAGGCUCUAACACAAGUCAGCUGGCAAGAGAUCCAGUCAUCAGGUCAGAGCGACUUCCCGCGUACAUAUAGCCUCCAGAAAUUGGUCGAAAUAAGUGGAUACAACAUGACCCGUGUCCGCUUCGAAUGGACCAACAUCUGGCAGAUUCUUGGCUCCCACUUCAAUGAAGUUGGAUGUCACCCCAACACUAAUGUGGUCUACUUCGCUCUCAAUUCCCUCCGACAAUUAUCGAUGCGCUUCAUGGAGAUUGAAGAAUUACCAGGUUUCAAAUUCCAAAAAGACUUCCUCAAACCGUUCGAACACAUCAUGAGCAACACCAGUGUAGUGGCCGUGAAAGAUAUGGUGCUUCGCUGUUUGAUUCAAAUGAUUCAAGCUCGCGGGGAGAAUAUUCGAUCUGGCUGGAAGACCAUGUUUGGUGUCUUCACCGUAGCUGCCAGAGAACCGUACGAGGGGAUCGUCAAUCUAGCUUUCGAGAAUGUCACUCAUGUGUACAACACUCGGUUCGGUGUCGUCAUCUCACAGGCCGCAUUCGCGGACAUGAUAGUGUGCCUCACAGAAUUCUCGAAGAAUUUCAAAUUUCAGAAGAAAUCUCUUCAAGCUAUCGAGUUGCUGAAGUCUUCCGUACCGAAGAUGCUCCGAACACCUGAGUGCCCAUUGUCUGCACGCGCCGGUUUCGUAAAAGAGUCGGAUCAUGGAGUUUUGAUACCAAAACAGCCAAGUCGGCAAACCCAGGAAGAGCAGUUCUGGUUCCCAGUGCUUUUUGCUUUUCAUGACGUUCUCAUGACGGGCGAGGAUUUGGAAGUUCGCUCGAGAGCGCUGAGCUAUCUCUUUGAAACCCUGAUUACCUAUGGUCGAGACUUCCCUCAAGACUUUUGGGACAUUCUCUGGCGGCAGCUGCUAUACCCCAUUUUCAUGGUCCUUAAGUCUAAAUCCGAAAUGUCAAAAGUGCUCAACCAUGAGGAACUCUCAGUCUGGUUAUCGACCACGAUGAUCCAGGCUCUUCGCAACAUGAUCAAACUCUUCACUCACUUCUUCGAAUCGCUUGAGUACAUGUUGGAUCGCUUUCUCGACCUUUUGGCACUUUGCAUCUGCCAAGAGAACGAUACACUUGCACGGAUCGGUAGCAAUUGCCUUCAGCAACUGAUUCUUCAGAAUGUACAAAAGUUCAAGCCGGAACACUGGAGUCAAAUUGUGAAGGCAUUUGUUGAGCUCUUCCAGCGCACGGAAGCCACGGCGCUCUUCUCCGCUGCCGCUACAUCGUCUUAUACCCCGACAAAUGGCACCCGUGGAACCCCUGGUGGAAAGACUCCAACGGCGGAAACCCCUCCACCAGGAGACCUUCAACUAUCGCAGACUCCUGUGGACGAACCAGAGGAAGACAAUGCGCUUGGAAUCAACGGUCUGUCGAGCCCGCGCCGUCCAUCUCUCGUGACCUCCGAAUCAUCCAGUAUGGCUACUGAACAGCGCAUGCCGUCCCCGCUGCCAAAACGCCAAACACAGGAACUGGAAGACUACCGGCCAGAGAACCAAGAUCUGCAACAGCCACCCGUAGUCGUAACCGCCGCUCGCCGUCGCUUCUUCAACCAAAUUAUCACCAAAUGUGUCCUUCAGCUUCUGAUGAUCGAGACGGUUCAAGAGCUCUUCACGAACGACUCGGUCUAUGAGAAGAUCCCGUCAGGCGAGCUACUCCGGUUAAUGGGCGUCCUCAAGAAAUCCUACCAUUUCGCCAAGCGCUUCAACGCCGACCGCGACCUCCGCACACGGCUAUUCCGCGAAGGCUUCAUGAAACAGCCGCCGAACCUACUCAAACAAGAGUCGGGCUCAGCAUCAGUGUACGUAAGCAUCCUCUUCCGCAUGUACCAUGAUACGUCCACCGACCGCGCUGCCUCACGUGUCGAAACCGAAAAAGCGCUCGUCCCGCUCUGCGAAGACAUCAUUUUAUCCUACAUCGAACUCGAUGAAGAAACGCAACAGCGCAACAUCGUCACCUGGCGUCCGGUCGUUGUCACCGUCCUCGACGGCUACGUCGGGUUCCCCCCCGGCGAAUUCGAGAAACACGUGGAUAUAUUCGCGCCGCUUGUUGUGGGAAUUCUGGGUACGGAGAUGGCGCCCGAUGUCCAGAGGGUUGUGCAAGCGCUUGUGAUGCGGAUUUUUGAGACCAAGUUGGGUACAGAGAGGGUGCAGCUUAUGACGCCAGUUGUGGGGUCGCCUGUGUUGGCUAGGAGAGCGAGUCGAGGGCGUUAGAUGAAGGAUUGGGAAUCUGUACUUCCUUGAACGUUGGCUGUUUAGUGAUCUUGCUAAAAGGGUUUCAGCUAUCGUAAUUGGUGACGUGCGAUAUUGACGGCUCUUUGAAGCGAGCGAGCGAGUGAUUUCGUCAUUCGGCGCUGGCCUCUGUGGAUUAAAAUAGGGUGAUAUUUUGAUCCACUUCUCGCGGUGUCUCAUAAAGCGCAUGGGGCGUAGCGUUCGUGUUUUGUAUAGUAGUAGCUCAGUUCCGGAUUCUUCUCAUCAUCAGAGAGGGAGGGGUGUUAAAUUAGAUUUUUUAGCGUUGUUGGGGUGGUGUUUGAGGAGAGAAUAUUU